UUUGACUUUUGUUUUUGUGUUGAGUAGCUUUGAUUGCUUUGUCAUUAUCAGUUUUUCACAAGAGAAUUGCAAUUUGCAAUAAUUUUUCAAUUUAGUUAUUUUUAAAUCAGUGCUUUGCAGAAUUCAAUCAAAUUAAGUCCUCAGAAUAAGUUCAAGCCGGCUGUGAUAACAGUUAUAAAUGAUGUUUAAAAUACUGCUAAUUGCAGCCGCUGUUGUGAGCGUGGCUAAUGCAGAACUUUUGCGAGUCCCACUAAAGAAAAUUAAAACAGCUAGGCACCAUUUUUCCGAAGUUGGCACGGAAUUACAUCAAUUGCGUAUUAAAUACGCUAAUGGAGGCAUUGCACCUGAGCCGCUUUCUAAUUAUUUAGAUGCUCAGUAUUAUGGUCCCAUUACCAUUGGAUCACCACCGCAAAGUUUUAAAGUUGUUUUUGACACGGGUUCGUCGAAUCUUUGGGUACCAUCGAAGAAAUGUCAUUUAACAAACAUAGCUUGCCUAAUGCAUAACAAGUACGAUUCUGAUAAAUCCAAAACCUACGAAAAAAAUGGCACAGAAUUUGCUAUACACUAUGGUUCUGGCAGUUUAUCAGGAUAUUUAUCCGCUGAUAUAGUAAAUAUCGGUGGAAUAGAUAUUAAAAAACAAAUUUUUGCCGAAGCUAUGAGUGAACCUGGUCUUGUAUUUGUUGCAGCCAAAUUCGAUGGAAUUCUUGGCUUGGCAUAUAAUUCGAUAUCUGUAGAUGGAGUAAAACCACCUUUUUAUAAUAUGUACGAACAAGGCCUAAUUCCUGCUCCAGUAUUCUCAUUUUAUUUAAACCGUGAUCCAGCGGCUCCAGAGGGCGGAGAAAUUAUAUUUGGAGGUUCCGAUCCAGAACACUAUACAGGCGAUUUUACUUAUCUACCGGUUACUCGCAAAGCAUAUUGGCAAAUAAAAAUGGAUUCUGCUUCGGUUGGAGAUUUACAACUAUGUAAAGGUGGCUGUCAAGUGAUUGCUGACACAGGUACCUCGUUAAUUGCUGGACCAACUCAAGAAACCACAGCCAUAAACCAAGCCAUUGGCGGAACACCAAUUAUGGGUGGACAGUACAUGGUAUCAUGUGACAUGAUUCCAAAACUUCCGGUUAUUAAAUUUGUUUUGGGUGGAAAGACAUUCGAAUUAGAGGGCAAGGACUAUGUUUUACGCAUCGCUCAAAUGGGCAAAACUAUUUGCUUGUCGGGAUUUAUGGGCAUGGAUAUUCCACCACCGAAUGGACCAUUAUGGAUCCUUGGUGAUGUAUUUAUCGGUAAAUAUUAUACAGAAUUCGAUAUGGGUAACGAUCGUGUCGGAUUUGCUAUUGCAAAGUAAAGUUUUUUAAAGAAAAAGUGUAUAACUUUAAAUACAGUUAUACGUGUUGCUAUAUUCCUGAAAGGAGGGAGAUUAUUAUGAAGACAGAAAAAAUCGUUUGUAUAGCAAUUAUUACUAAAUAUAAUUUUGAGCUGAAAUGUAUGUAUGUUGUAUCAAGCUCCCAAUAAAUAUAAUUAAUGCUAAA